AUGGUCUUUGUUGUUUUCCGACUAGUUGGUGAUGCAGAAGAUCGCUUGUUCAAGAAUAUUAUUUUGGAGCCGCAGAUUUCUCGUGUUGACCUCUUGAACCGGAUUGAGCACGUGACGAAGAUACCCAUCGAAUUUCAACAGAUCAAAUAUCGUGGUAAUGAGCUACCCGACUCUUUGAAUCCCCUGGAAUCGAUCAAGGAGUUUGAGGAACUUACGGUAAAACAUUCUUCUCUCCCGGAGUGGGAGGUCUUUCUGCUUGCCUCGGAUAUUCCGAAAAAUAGGCCACAUACUGCGAAAAAGAAACAAGUGCUGGAGGCUUCGCAUGUAUUACAGCGUUUAUUUACGGAGGGCUUUUUCUCUUCAUACGCGGGCUUUGCUAUUCGUCGGAUCAAAUUCAUUCAGGAGUUCUCGGAAUAUAUUGACGAUUAUGACGAAUUUAUUAGAAUAGCAGUUGAACGCUAUUUUUCUGCAUUAUUUGAGAAGAAUCCUGCGAAUCCAAUAUUAUCCUUCAACUAUUCGGAAAAAUCAAUAGUUGGUAUUCAGGCUGGAUUCAUUUGCAACGUGAGUUGUGGGGGAACUCUUCAACGAUUUUAUGUGAAAGGACACUCAGCGAUGUCGUCACAUCAGAAUGUCGACAUGCGGGAAAUCUUUAUGUACUUGUUAUUGGCUCAAAUCGGCGUUGGACCGUCAGUUCACAUUAUACCUAAUAUUCAUACGUCCGUUAUUGGCGUGAACAUCGCAACAUUAGAAGUUGUCAAUUUUAAACCUUCGCAUACGACGAAGCUCACAUUGAAGGCAGAAUUGAUGCUGGAUAUGAUCAAAAGGUUGUUCAAUGUGAGCGAUCUUCAUUGCGACAACUAUGGACUCGACAUUAAUGGAAAUCUCUCAAUAGUCGAUUUUAGAAUUUCGGGUUCUUCGUUUGACCCAAAAAACCGUAAUGUUUGGAGAAACUAUAAACAACAACCAGAAAAGCUGAAGAUUAUUCGAGAGAUUCUGAAGGGCUGGAAUCUCUCAAAAGCAAUCCACGACGCAGAUGAUUUAUUCAACGACACAAAAGAAUUUCUAAAAAAUAGAAAUAUCUCAUGCAUGGCAAGCCAACGAUAUGCCCGUUACUUUGAUUCCAUCAACCAGAAUGUUGCCGACUGUAUUCACGAUUGCGUGGAAUAA